UUUCCCUUCGUAGCAGGACGUCUUCAGUGAUGUAGGGAACAUUGGCGUUGAAUUAGCUUGUUUGGUCAUGUUUCACUUUACAAUACUCCGUGCGUGACAUGUCUUUUUGAGAGAUGGAAUUUUGUUAAUGGGGAGAACGGAUCGACAAUUAGUCAUUUCAUCUUCACAUGAGACAAAGGAGGCGCGCGCUAUAAUGGCCAAGUACAGCUGUGGUGACAGGGUUACUGCUAGUAGAUUCACCGUUCAUUUUCGAAGUCACACCAUGGAAUUGAGGUUGACAUCGCGCGUAGCGUUCCUCAAUUUGGAAUGUAAAGACUGAACUUUUGUGGACUAAGAAGCACCGUUUUUAACGAGACGGGUAAUUUGUAAUUUUUGGAACCAGCCAUCGAUCUAAGCACGUUUCAGGAGGCUUCUACGUGCACUGGCUCAGCUCAGCGACUCUUCCUGUAUUUGCCCCCUUCUUCCUUUCCCCUUUUCUCCCCCCCUCCUGUCAACACCAUGCCGUCCUCCCACUGCGCCCAUCCAAAAGAGAACGGCCAUCUCCCUGUGUAGGAUGCCUGCCUCGUCCUACGCCUUGUAUCCCCUCCUGCCCGCCUCCACCACCACCACCUCCUCCUUGGUUGUACCUUCUCCUCUCGCCGACUACGCAGCGGCCGCCGGCGCCGUCGCCACGCUCCACCAUGAAGGAUGAGGUGACGAUGAAGGAUGACAUCAUCAGCACCAAUGCACUGGCUUGGCUGGUCUGCUCGGGCGUGUCCAUCUUGGCCAACACCUGGGGCAUCCUGAGCGUCAGCGCCAAGCAGAAGAAGUGGAAACCCCUGGAGUUCCUCAUCUGCACACUGGCCGGCACGCACAUCCUGAACAUGGCCAUCCCGGUCACUAUGUACUGUGUCAUCACCCUGCGUCGGCGCCACUCCACCUAUGAGUGGAACGAGGGGCUGUGCAAGGUGUUUGUGUCCACCUUCUACACCCUCACCCUGGUCACCUGCUUCUCCGUCACCUCCUUGUCCUACCAUCGCAUGUGGAUGGUGCGCUGGCCAGUCAAUUACAGGUUGAGUAACACAAAAAAACAAGCGGUCCACACAGUGAUGGGCAUUUGGAUGGUCUCCUUCAUCCUGUCUACCCUGCCUGCUGUGGGCUGGCAUGACACCAACGAACGCUUCUAUGCCAAGGACUGCCGCUUCAUUGUGACAGAGAUCGGCCUGGGCUUCGGCGUGUGCUUCUUGCUGCUGAUUGGCGGCAGUGUGGCCAUGGGGGUCAUCUGCAUCGGCAUAGCCCUCUUCCAGACCUUUUCCAUCCAGGCAGGCCAUAACGCAGACAAGAACAAGUUCAAUGUGCCAACCAUUGUGGUGGAGGACGCCCAAGGGAAGAGGAGGUCAUCCAUUGAUGGCUCGGAGCCCCUCAAGACGUCGUUACAAAUUACAUACCUCAUCAGUGGCAUUGUCUUCAUCUAUGACUUUCUCACUGGGUUCCCCAUUUUGGUGGUGAGUUUUGCCAGUCUGAAGUAUGAUCGGUCCUACAACUGGAUGGUGCUGUGUGUGCUCUGGUGCUCCAUCGCCCAGUCCAUCCUACUGCCCAUGUUCCUGUGGGCUUGUGACCGCUAUCGCGCUGAUGUGCGCAUGGUCUGGGAGAAGUGUGUGGCCAUCAUGUCCAAUGACGACGUGGAUGAAGAAAACAGCCAAGAUGGAGGAAUUCAUGCCGACUUAAUAUAUGACAGACCAUAUGACUAUAGCUCCGUGCCUGAAAUCGUGACGGUAGACCGUAUUGCCAAGUACGAAUUCUCAACUUUAGAAAGGGGGGUCCCGCAAGGGUAUCCAUUGAGGGAACUACAGGAAGAUAAAAUGCAGUAUUUGCAGGUGCCCCCUACAAGAAGAUACUCCCACGACGAAACCGACAUGUGGACCAGCGGCCAGAUCCCCUCCUACCUGCACCGCUGGGGCUCCACAGAGGACAUCAUGGGGAGCCCCCACUACAGCUCCAGCUUGCCGCGCCACGAGAGGCGCAGGAGCAGCCUGGUCUCCUACCACGAGGAGAGCCACCAGCACCGCAAACGCCGGCGCUCCGAGGAUAGCGGGCACUCCCUCAAGCACCUCCCACGGGUGGUCACCGGCAGCGGGGAAUGCUACGAGGACAACUUGAAGUGUUUCAGCCGCGAUGAGGUGAUCAAUUUCAUAGAUGAGACGCCGCUGCCCAGCCCCAUGAGAAGCCCGCGCCGCACCUCCACCAUCUCACUCAUCCCAGACGUUUAUGAGCAUCACGCGGUCCUGUUUCCUCAUUUCCCACUUACAGACUUUGAGCGUGAGCCGCAGGCCCUGCGCCGGUUGUCAGAGCACAGCAGGAGUGGGAGCCGCGGUGGGUCACCCGAUGGGUCACCCAGGCGGGACAGACAAGAGGUUUCUGGGGCCUGUGGCACGGGAAAAAGCUGCCGCGAGCAUAGGAGGGAAGGGAAGCGUCAUACUGAACUGGUCCCACCUGGACAGAUCCAGCAGCCAGGGGAGCCCUCCACUCACAGGCCCAGCAGGACAGGUCAUGGGGCUGGGCCUGUGGCUGGGGCUGCCUGGGGGGACCAAAAACACCUGAGUAAAGCAGAGAGUAAAGGAAGCACAAAUAGCUUUUUAAGUUCACCUUCUGCAUCAUCCUCGGGUUAUAUUACAUUUCACUCGGAUUCCAUAGGCUCCACCACCUAGGAAACAUUAUUAUCAUUAUUAUCAGUGCUAUUAUUAUCAUUAAAGAAUUAUGGUACCAAGCAAUUAGGGAGGUGGACAGAUAAAAUAAGCCUAACUGUAUCACGGUUAUUUUGUACUGUACCACUAUUCUAUUUUACUAUAUACCACUGUAUCCCUAAAAUUGAACUUUUAUUCUGAUACUACUGACCUUGAAGCUUUUGACAGGUGGCCUACCGUGGCUUUAGUAGGUGGGGCUAGUACAUGAAUCAGCUGUUUUUCAGAGCACAGAUCCACUUACAAAUCUCUUUUAAUGUUAUCCAUAUUUCACUCAUGUUUUGCUGUUUGAUGUAGUUUUCUAUCUUCACAAAGGAAUGGGGGAACAUUGAUAUUUUGUUAUUUUUUUGCACUUGAUGACUCCAAAUCUCUUAUUGUAAAAGCAGUGUUUUAUCUAAUGGGUGAGUGUUUUAUCUAAUGGGUGCAUGUCUUUUAAUCACUCUCCAUUGCGGAGACAUAAACUAGAUGAGAGCCAAAACUGCCAUGACUCAAGUUGCAGCUAUGAAGGACAGAAAAUAUGCCCGAUUUUGAUCUCCAUAUAACAGAAGAUUACAGAAUAACUUAAAUGUAGUCUUUAACUACUCAGUUCUACAGUUACAAAGAAAUAUACAGUUCCAUAAACACUUUAUGAAUAUUACCAACAUAUCCAAUACUGAGAUACACAGAUAUUAUGUUUAUGUUUGACAGAUAAACUCUUUGUGAGGAGAUUUCCAACCUAUCCAAUACUGACUAUACGGACAUUAUUACAACUGUUUGUCUAAUUCAAGUGCAUAGCCUUAGUUUUUGGGCAUUGUUGUCUAUCUAUGAAAGCCCUUUCACACUUAUAAAAAGCUAAUGCCAGUGCAGGUCCUGUAUAUAUGUAAGACAAAGUUACAUUGGAUGUAUGGCUUGGUGUUCUUUUAUUAAAGCAGUAACUGGAAUAUUCAAAAAUGACAGAAUUCAUAAAAAUGUUUAAGACUUUCAUCACACUUACAGCCAUGCAGACAUUAUAAAACAUGCAUCAGCCAUGAACAGUAGCUUAUAUCACCAAUGGUGCUUGAUCUUGGCAGCUGAGCACAGGUUAUGUUGGGAUGUACAUAUAGUUGUGUGAGAGUGUUGCUAAAAGUCAACUCAAAGAGUGCUUCAAUAGCCUACAUCUUUGCUCUCAUCCCUUAUCACCACUGAGUACAGGUUGAAGACACAUUGUUUAUGUUGGUUUAUAUCAGCCUGCAACCCUCUUGCUAAUUCAGAUAAGAACGGAUCAACAGAGGAGACAAGGAAGUCUUAAAUGGCUCCAUGAGUUCUGAGCUCUAUAGGCAGUGAUUUAAAUUGGUCACAUGUUUAAAGUUGAUCUUGUCACAUUGAGAUGAACUUGGACUAAAAAAUGACCCAUAAUAUGAAUGUAUUCACACAAAAAACAUUUGCAAAUAAAUUACAGUGAGGAUAGUAGUCUCAUAAAUGCAACUUGAAACCUACCCUGCACCUUUGAUAAAGCCUUAUUUGAUAUUGUUUAGUGAUAGUUCAGUCCAUUAAACAAUGACUUUACACGUCUUAUUUUGCCAAUAUAUACAUUCAAUUAAAAAUAUAUAUAUAUUUAACGUAUUGGUGCACCUUUCAUCCUGCUUUUCCCUGUUCAAUAGCAUACCACAUUGAAAAUAUUUUUUAUAUUUCCCCUGUCGGAUUUUGGUACGUCAUUGCCUUUUUGGCAUUUAGUUUUAUUCUGUGUUUACAACAAGUCUAAACAGAUUCUAAUUUUGUAACAUAUCCUUCUUUUUUCAAACUUAUGACAGUCUAAAUUAUGAACAAUGUUUGGUGUUUUUGUUGCUCAGAUAAUGGUUUUGUUAAAAAUAUAAGAAAUAUUUCAAAUAGAAUUUGCAUUGGAUGACACUUCCUUGGUUUAAAGUUGUUAAAAGUGUAUUUGCGUUUGUAUAAAACAGGACUGAAUAUAUUUCUCCGGCGUGUAGCCUAUUAGGUUACCGUUUGAAGGGGCACAACUACAGAAUUUGAUCCAUUACUCAAUUUGAUUAUGUUCACACUUUUUUGAUCAUUUGAAAUAUGAUUAUGUAAGGACCAGAAAAAAUAAACUGAUGUUUCGGGA